AUGGUUCUUCCCCCAAACUUUCAAGCCUCAGUGAUUGCUUCUUGCGCGAAUGCGUUGCAGUGCAAUGUUGUCAGCCAACACGGAAAGCGCAUUAUCAGAAUAUCUGAUCAUCAAGUGGUCAAGUGGGGCCCAGAUGUAACGCAAGAAGAAGCCGAAAAUCAAAAAAUAGCCUAUGAACUCGUGGAUAGCCGCAUAGUUCGUGUUCCACGGGUAUAUGCCUUUUUUUCCGAUGAACGAGGCUGGGGUUAUAUUGUGAUGGAGUUUAUAAAGGGGAGGGUUGUUGACCCGUUAGAGGACGUUAAAGCCAUUGAGAAGGUUGCGGGCGUGCUUGAUCACUUCGCAACAUUGGAACACACUAUCCCAGGGUCUCUCUGUAGGGGUUUUUGUCGUGGGCUUCUGUUCCCCGAGACCGAAGAUCUUGUUUUUGACAGUCUUGAUGACAUGGAGAAGUGGUUCAAUAGCCGACUUUUCGAGCACAACCCGAAACUGAGUUUCCAGAAUUGCAAGCUUGUGCUCUGCCACUUAGAUAUAGCACCUCGAAAUAUCUUGUGGCAGGAAGAUGGUUCGCUGUGCCUGGUUGAUUGGGCAUCUGCAGGCUACUAUCCAAGGUUGUUCGAGUUCUGUGCGCAGUGGGUUGUUGAAGGAAAAGACGGCAGCUUCAAUUCCAUUCUCUUGAACUCGAUGAGUCCCCUCUCGGAUAAAGAGAUAGGGCAGAAAGAGGCAAUCUUGUGUGCUUGGAGGAAUAUUCAAAAGUAUCCUUUUCAAUCCAAAACGCUAAAGGAGUACCAAGUGACAUCAAGAAAUUCUACGGAUCUUAUCCCUGUGCCUCCUCCGCCGAUGCCAGAAUACCCACCGGACUGGAAUGAGCAAAAUCAGCGCAUAACUUUUGGCUCAACCAGACCCGCGUCUACUGCCUCCCUAAGCUCACCCAUAAGAGCCAAAAAGCACAAUCGACUUCACAAUCGCCUUGGUCAUCAUUUACGAGCAAUUUUAUGCACCAAGUCAUCUAAAGUUGUCUAGCAUCGGAGCUAUUGUGGAGGGAUAUCUGCGAAAAGGAGCGGAUAAUUAUCACCACGUUGCCACAUCUAUCCGCCAAGCAUGAAUAUUAUUGACUAGGUCGCCUCAAAGAAUAAGGCGCGCUUGCAGAAUUGGAUUAUGAGGGAGUACUGGAGUCGAAGGCCGGCGGUUACCUGCGCUUCGGGCAUUGCGGACAUGGGAGGUAGUGGACGUCAACCAUAUGUGCGCGAGCUCCGCUCCUGGUUUUGAAAGGCUUGUUGCAAGCUGGGCAGGGGUAGGGUUUCAGUUUCAGCUGCGCCAUUGUCGCUCAGUAAUAUUGUUGGCGUAAAUAGCUGGCAGGACUAGAUUGAACAGGCUCAAAUGACGGGAUUCCGCCAGGGAGUAGUGACGAUAUAUAUAUAUAUAUAUAUGGCCAGUCAGUUUUCGUCGUACAUAUCGCGCGAUGUUGAUUAGCCUAGGAAUGCAGGCCAGGCGAUGUUGUCUUCCAUACCUGAGCUUUCUCCACGGAAGUGAGCCCUUCCAAGAACAAGGAAGAUCCAUAUGUAUAGUAUCCGGC